AUCUUGCUCGUGUCUGUCUGCUGCUGACACAGUCUCCGGGCUCAAGCUUCUCCUUCCCUAGCUGGCUCUAUACACUAGGUAGUAGUGACUAGUAUAAAGCCUUCUGUUGUCGUGCGGGGAGAAGAAGGCAGCAGACACCGCAACCACCACCAGCUACAUGUGACAGCAUGGCCUCCUCCCUGCGCAUACACGCAUGCGACCUGCUCCAGGCACAGGAUGCAGUCAGGGCCCUCCUCCAUACAAUCCUCUUCCACCGUCUCUUUGGCCAAGUCGUUCCCAAGCAACUUGAUAUUCUCGACGUACCCGUCCCUGCCGUCGAUGACCCACACGUCGAAGCGCUCGUGGAUGAGCGCGCCGCUGCGUAUGUCAAGGCACUCAGAGCAGCGCAUACACAAGCAACAAGCGCUGCAAGUCACAGCAACAGCCACGUUGCGCGUGGCAGUAUGCCAGUCUUGGCGAUAGAGUUCUACGAGAAGCGUACACGCAAAGGCUGGUUCCUAGGCAGGGCAGAGGAGCAAGUGUGUUGGGAUAGCUGGCAGAUUGCAAUCGAUUCAUUGACGUCGCCUUCACGACCAGGCGAUGCGCAGCGACGUGCAUUGGCACAGACGAUAGAGCAAUGCAUGAUGCAAGUCAUCCAGACCGUCAAUGAGCGCAACGAUGCGUAUAUCCCGCCGAUACCAUACAACGAGGGCAACAACGCCAACCCGUUCCCGUACGUGAUUGAGGUGCGCUCAGCUGGCCAGCAAGGCGAGUCUGUGGGUCUUGGGCUGGAGGGAGCACCCAGCGCUGCAGCCGCACAAGCAGAGGGGGAAGGCUGGUUCCGAUAGAGAUGAUGUAGAUGAACACGAUUCACGACCAUG